UCAGACCAUGAGCUUUUGGAUGAGAAGCUUUAGGUACAUUGAAGAAAUUAAAGAACCAGUGGAGAGGGAGUGCCCUGGAGCUGUUUCUUGUUCAGGUAUUCUUGUUUUGUCAGCUAGGGAGGGUGUUGUUCGGGAUGUUGUGGUAAUUAGCAAGGCGGAGAAGGUUGGGGAACCCACUGUGAUCACUGCAAAUUGCCCUAACAAAACUGGGUUGGGCUGUGAUUUGUGCAGAGUUAUAUUGCUCUUUGGGCGAAGCAUUUGCAGAUGAGGUGACUAAUUAAUGAAUUUUGAGUCAAUGCUUACUUCAUAUUGGGAAUAUUAAUAAGCAUUUGUAUUCAAAUGAU